UGAAAAUAUUUGUUGUUACUGGAAGGAGAGCGAGGAGAGAGUGUGAAGGAAGGGCCUGGCAGGGACGCUCGCUUUCAACGAACAUACAAACAUCGUACGGUGUUUUCCGUUCACGAGAGUCGCGGAGGAGCGAAUAGCGGCGAUGUCGGUGAAUAUGGACGAACUGAGACAUCAAGUGAUGAUUAACCAGUUUGUUUUGACUGCGGGCUGCGCGGCGGAUCAGGCGAAGCAGCUUCUGCAGGCGGCGCACUGGCAGUUCGAGACGGCUCUGAGCUCGUUUUUCCAGGAGUCCAACAUCCCCAGUCAUCACCAGAUGAUGUGCACUCCACGCAACACUCCAGCCACGCCACCCAACUUCCCCGACGCCAUCACCAUGUUCUCCAAGCUGCGGACGUCCGAAUGCGGCGGUGGCAGCAGCGGAGCCGGCGCUUCUGGCCAGGCGUCUAUGGCGUGCUCUCCUCCUCCCCACUCCUCCGCACAGGGCUUCAGCUCUUUCUGGGCGUCCUCGCCCCCCAACCACCAGCCCGCUUGGCUGCCCCCGUCCUCUCCCACCGGCCACCACGCGCUCCAUCACCACCACCAUCACAUGCACCAGCCGCUUACGUGGCCGCCCGUCUCCCAGCCCACCAACGGCCAGCAGACACCUGUCAUUUCAGCCCUGCAUGGCCAGAGAUGAGGGGGGGACAGGUUUAACGGGGUUCAACGGGGUGGGAAUACUCACUGAGACUUUGAAUGGCCAAGGGGGGAAAGACAUGGUACUCUUUCUUUCUGUUUUCUAAAGAUGAACAGUCUUCUUUUGGAGAUCUCGUUUUGUUCUUUUAUCUAUUGUCGAUUUCAUUUCUGUCCAAACCCGGGGAAGAACCACUAUGGAGUAAAAAAAAAAAUUAUGGAAGUUAUAAAAGAGGUGCCGGAGUCCCAAAGAAGUUCUUUUGUUUAAGCGGAAGGAAGCCACGGAGUCAGACCGGAUGAAUGUGUGCGUGUGAAUCUUCGGUCGUCGCUCUUUUUGCCGCUGUUCUCGGACUCUCUCCUCCUCUGUAGCGCCGUGUCGGCAACACGCACUCGCAAUAAAAUGGCCGACGAACAAUAAUGGCACAUCAUGGUGGUGGUGCAGUUCUGCAUCCCGGGAAGCAUCAGGAGGACGUUUCUGUAGAGAUAGUUGUCUGCUGUUAUAUGACUAUCGUCUAUUUGUUCAAAAUGCACAUUUUUAAGUGCGUACAGCUUCAGACGUAACUGAGAUGCUGAGUUGAAUUUAUUGUGAAUCAUACAAAGCAAACAAACAACCUUUGUUUCAGAUAUAAAUGGAAAAACCAGGAAAUGACCAGGAACAGUUUGCAAUAAUCCUGGUCAGAAUUGUUUUAGAUGACACCCUGAUUCGUUCGAUUUUAUUUUUCAGUAAUGAUGACUUUAAAUGCAAAGUUUAUUUUUGUUUCCCAACUUUUAUCGUGUACACAGUUAAAUCAGGAAAGCUUCUUGUGUUUAAACUAAAACUGUGGUGGAGAAUUACAGACUCAAGCUUUAAAAAAAAAAAAAAGUGUUUUGUUUGGGAUUUGUUUACCUGCAGAAAACUAAAAAUACUAGCGUGCUCCUAUUUGAUUUUGUAAAGCUCGUUGGAUCCACACAGCCGGCGGAGUGAAGCUCAGCUCCUGCUACCUCCUGAUCAUGUCUCUGGACGGCUAAAUGGCCUCUCUGUGUGAUGACGGAGGCCUCAAAUACCUCACGCUCUUUGCUGAACGCGCUGUGUGAAACCAAUCGGGCUCGGCUCAGACGCCUCAGUGGACAAGGACUGGUCUGGUAUCACUUAUUGGCAUUUGUGUCGUACUGGUUGUGACGCUAUAGAGCGGGAAGGCUGACCCUAGAUCAGAACGUCGAUUGGCAGUGGUAUUCUGAGAUGACAUGGUUCUUUAGUUUCUAUUAGCAUGAUGUCAGCUUCCCUUCAUUCGUUCAUCUUAGACAAUCACUUUUGCCGUUUGAGUUUGUGGUUUAGUUUGACCUCAGUCUGGCUAUAGAUACCAUAUUUCUUCUGAAGCGACUGAAAACAAGGUUGUGAGGCAAUACACGUAUACUUUGUUCAGUGUCGGGUUGUUUAGAUGAAGGUAAAAAAAAAAAGGUGCCCAAGAAACUCAAAAGUUUUUUGUUUUUCCUGAAAAUUACUAUGUAAAUGAUUCACAAAUGCAAUCUUGUGUAAAUUGACAUUUUUAAUUCAGUAUAACUGUUUACGGAAUGGAUUUAUUGAUGUACACAGAAAUUUGUUUUGCUUGUUCCAUAAAUAAGGCAAAUUGUACAUAAUCAUUCGUAGCUCCAUUAUUUUGUCAUUUGCCGUGUUGAAUUCGCAUGAAUUAGUGGCAAAAACCAAAUCAUAGUCACAAAUUGUACCAAGGAUUGAUUCGCAACCCGUUUACAUAUUCUUGCUUAAAUUGUCAUAUAUAUUAAAUUGUCAUAUAUAUAUAUAAUAUAUAUAUAAUAUGUGUGUGUGUGUGUAAAUCCAUUUACGGUUAAAUUGUCAUAUAAGAAAUUGGUGAGUGUAUACGUUCAUAAAUUGUCAUAUAUAUUAUAUAAGUAAUUCCAUUUGGGGUUAAAUUGACAUGUAUAUGUAUGUGUGUGUGUGUAUAUAUAUAUAUAUAAAUGACAAUUUAACCAUGUGUAUAUAUACAUGACAAUUAAAUAUAUGACAAUUUAACUGCAUAUGGAUUUACGUAUGCAUAUAUACAUGACUAUAUAUGUGUGUGUCACACACACACACACACACACAUACACAUUAUAUAUAUAUAUAUAUAUAUAUAUAUGUGUGUAUGUGUGUGUGCGUGCAUAUAUUUUCGUAAAAUCCAUUUCAGUUAAAACGGUUUUACAAACCGUUUACCUAUAUUUGCUCUGCUUUUUAAGGUGAGCGUUGAUAAAAUUUAACCGCAAAUGGGUUCACAAACUUUAUCUUCUCAAAUAAAUGGUCUGAUAGAGUUUAAGCACAAGCAGAAUGAAUUUGUAAAUGUUCAUAAAACCAUUCUUGGGUAAAACUUCAUGACCUUCAUACUUGCCUCAGGUAGAACUGGAGGCAAAUAUGUUUUUAUGAACAAUGUACAUGCAUUUGUUCUGCUCGUUGUCCGCUGAACCGCCUCACAGCUUUGUCUUCAUUUGCACCAGGCUAAAUAUGGUGUCUAAUUCUGACUUGGGUCCAUUGAGGAAUGAUUUUGAGCAUUAGCCAUUUUCAUUUAAUCAUAGAGGGCUACAUGAUAGACAAGCCUCUGCAUUUUGGCCCAGAAAAUGCAUGUGAAAUCCGAAAAGUACCCUUGGUUCUGGAAAACAUUGGUAGAUUUAUAUGGCAGAUAAAUGUUUGGUCUUCCAAUUGGUUUCGCUGUUGUUUGCUAUGUAGAAAGAAACCUAAAACGUUGGUCUCCAAAGUGUGAAGAUGCAUGUUGUGGCCAUCUGGAGAGAGUAGGUCAUUUCCUAGAGGAAUGCGAGUCUGAAGUCAAACGGCGGUGGCUCUGAUGUCAGUGUCCCGAGUGCCUUGAGGUUUAAACGUUCUCCGUUUUAUUCAGCUGUUGCUCUGUUGAAAUCCCGUAGCAACAGGGCCAAUAUUCUCAAAUGUCAUUCUCUCCUGUCAAGCAUUGACUGUUUGAACAGUUGGGCUGCCGUAGAUCUCAGAGCAUCGGGAUGUUAUUGACACCACUGGCCGGUGAUUCAGUUCUUUGGGGACGUGUUUGUUUGGACUGUGAUAAACAACAUACACAGUGAGUCAUGAGCAGUUCCUUCAUCGAGAAAACCAAUUCAUUGGCGAACAACCUUUUGUAUCCAUUUCUCUCCUGUACUAUCUGUUCUUUUCCCUUGUUGAGAUUUGUAUUUAUAUGUCUGACAAAAAAAAAAGCUAUGAUCUGAAACCAUUUUGGAGGUCAUUGUGUUUAUAUUAAGGUCAUAAUAAAAGAUUUAAUGACUA